AUGUCCGCAUCUGACCACAAGAGCUCUCAGUCAGAUUUCCUUCCAGAAGAUCCCAAAAACAACACUCAAAAGAAGACUCAAGAUUAUUUGACAGUUACCGACAGGCUCAGGGUCAGUGUCCAAGACCCUCCAUCCAUUAUCCACAGUCCCCGGGUGAGUAUCCAAGAACCACCCGUUAUCCACAGUCCCCGGGUCAGUAUCCAAGAACCACCCAUUAUCCACAGUCACCGGGUGACUAUCCAAGAACCACACGUUAUCCACAGUCCCUGGGUGAGUAUCCAAGAACCACCCGUUAUCCACAGUCCCCGGGUCAGUAUCCAAGAACCACCCAUUAUCCACAGUCACCGGGUGACUAUCCAAGAACCACCCGUUAUCCACAGUCCCCGGGUCAGUAUCCAAGAACCACCCGUUAUCCACACUCGCCAGGUCAGUAUCCAUGAGACACCAUCCAGUAGCAGUAGCUACCCAGUCAGCCUUAAGUCACCAAUCCGGGCCAAAGUCGGUGUCCCCUCUGCAAUUGCUCACAGCCCUGAGGCCAGUAAGAAAAGCUCUGAAACAAUUAUCUGGACUUCUGAGAAUUUCAAAAGCUCUCUGGACAGCUCCCAACUCAAUGUGUGUACUGGAGACAGCUUACAGUCAGGCUCAGUGGAAGCCGAUUCUAGCAGGUGUAGACGCAGACAUGCGCGGCUGCCCAUGGGCUGGCGGCUGCUGUACGAGGCCAAGAAGGUCAGCCGCCAGCUGAGCCUCCUGCUGAGCAUAGCUGGCAUGGUGAUCAUCGGUCUCAUCUCUCUGGGCCAGCCCUGGAUCCACUUCCACGUGCCACUGACACCCCCUGGAGACCCUGCUGGCCCCCGGAACAUCCCUAUUGACACCAUCUUCUUUGUGCAGUGCCGCGACAUCUCCUGCCUAUAUGAGUACGACCGGAACGCUUGUAAGGCCUGCCCUAGGCUCACCUUUCCUGGGAUUCACCUCUCCUCUGUCCUAGGGACCCCUUCCUACCUUCCCUUGGACGGUCCUGACUGCCCUGGGGUUUCCUCUCUUCUCCGCGAUGGCCCUCACCACACUUGGAUCCUCCUCCCUUCCCCAGAAUGGUCCUCGCUGCCCCAGGACCGUCCUCACUGCCCCAGGUUCAUCCUCACCUACGCGAUGUCCUUCCUUCCCCCAGACUUGUUGGACUUCGCCUGGGCCUUCCUCCUCUUUGCCAGCAUCACCAGCUUCUGCCUUUUCAUGAUGCUCCUAAACAUCAUCUUCUUCUCCAGCUCCAACCUGCCCAUGCUGGACUUCUCCAACGUCAUCCUCAGCACCUUGACAGGCACGGCACUGAGGUCCUUCCUUCAGGAACCCCGAAGCCAAGCACGCCUUGCCCAGUGCCUGUCAUGA